CAAUCCAAUCCAAUCCAAUCCAAUCCUCCUCUCUUCUCUUCAACUCACUCACCAUAUUUAUCCCACUUUGGCCUUUCACACCGUGGCUCGCUGCUGCUAACUCACUAGUCUACUCUUUCUAAUUCUUCGCCGACACUCUCGAUUUGAUUAGAUGAGCGUCUCCGGCGGUGUAGGAUCGCCGCCCACGGGGGUGGCUGAGCCGCUCUACGCGGCUGAGAGGAUAUCGGUUUGGUGGGACAUCGAGAACUGCCAGGUUCCCAGGGGCUGCGACCCGCACGCUAUUGCACAGAACAUAAGCUCCGCGCUGGUGGCGAUGAACUACUGUGGGCCUGUCUCCAUCUCUGCCUAUGGCGACACCACCAAGAUCUCUCCUUCAAUUCAGCAGGCCCUUAAUAGCACUGGCAUCGCCCUCAAUCACGUCCCUGCAGGUGUUAAAGAUGCCAGUGACAAGAAGAUUCUGGUGGACAUGCUAUUUUGGGCAGUUGACAAUCCUGCUCCUGCUAAUUAUUUGUUGAUAUCUGGUGAUCGAGAUUUUUCAAAUGCUCUCCAUCAGCUGCGCAUGCGUAGAUAUAAUAUUCUUCUAGCACAACCUCAAAAAGCAUCAGCAGCACUUGUUGCUGCAGCAAAGAAUGUAUGGCUCUGGACAAGUCUUUCAUCAGGAGGUCCGCCUCUUACUAACAUCGAAUCAAAGCAGUUUGUCACUAACAGCAUUGGAAAUGUUUCAAAUUGUGAGACAUUAGCUAUGCCCAUCAACAUUUCCAGUCAGCAAAACCAAUCUGUGGAUACGUUCCAUGAAAGUCUUUAUGCAGUGAAUCAGAAGUUCGGCAAUCUUGGAAGGGGUCCAGAUACUAAAUUUAAGAGCAAACAAAUUCGGAGAAAUGUGACUCUACCUAGUAUGUCAAGAACUUCAAGUGCAGUGGUGGGACCUCAAGAAGACCAUAUUAAUGUGAACUUUAAUCAACAAGGACAAGGGUACCCUAAUCAUUUUAAUGAUUCUCAAAAUUUAUCUGCUGCUCAUAAUACAGGAAUUCCUUUCACAGGACCUGGAACUUCUCCAAAUAUCAUUUACCCUGGAUCUUCUUGGGUGAAUCCUAGUAACCCUUUUAACCCUUAUCAAAGUUGCCUAACAAUGCCAAUGAGGCCAAACACACCACCGCCACCACCACCAAGUAAUGCACUGCCACCCAUUUCACAUAUGCGCCCUGCACACGUGAUGCCUCCCAGGACGGAUGUACCUAGCACUGCCUUAUGUACUUUAACUAAUGCACCUGACAUCAGUAGGCUAAAAGUGGGUGAAUAUCCUAAUGACGGAUACAAUCCUCCUCUUGCUCAACCAAGGAAUGGAGGAGAGGUGAGGCCAACUCCCAAUAUUAAUUCUUCUCACCAUCUAAACUUGAAUGGGCCCCCGAAAGUAUAUAAACCUCAGAAGAAACAGUCAUUUUACAGUGAGAAAGAAGCGAACAGGUAUCCACUCUCUGGGCAAGAGAUUUUGCCACCGCCUUCCUCUGCAAUUGGCAGUAGUAAUGUAUCUGUUAAUGGUGCGUGGGGAGGUUCCACAAACCCUUCCGAUUAUGUGCUAAGCCUUAUGGGGGUUAUCAUACUUGCCUUGGAUACAUUAAAAAAUGAGAAGAUUAUGCCAACUGAGGCAAACAUUUCUGAUUGUAUUCAUUAUGGAGAUCCAAGUUAUCGUGAUACUGAUGUUAAGAAGGCUCUUGAGAGUGCAGUUGAACAUCAGAUGGUAGUAAUGCAAAACUUAGGUGCUUUGCAAUUAUAUGUGCGUAAGAAUGAGAAAUUGUGGAAGUGUGUCAAUCCACUUGGUGAAAAUCAAAAGGAGUAUUCAACAGAAAUCUGGGAUGAAAUCCAGAAAUUUCUAUCAUCUUCUGCUGGACAGUCUGCCUUGUUGGCUACCCAUUGCAGGUAUGAAGCAGCCACUGUUAUAAAGAAGAUGAGUUUAAAAGAGCUUUCUCUUGGAGAAAUACUUCAGAUCUUGCACAUGAUUAUCAAUAUGAAGAAAUGGAUCGCACAUCAUCCAUCAGGAUGGCAACCAGUUAAGAUUGCUGUUGCAGAGACUAACCCAACCCUGGUCCAGGGAAGUUAGCUGCAACAUCCCAACAUCAGCUUGUUGAUAACUAGUUAUGGAAGGGAAGGGCCUUUAGCUACUCUAUGGCUUCCUAUCGUGAUGGAGCUUAACUUGGUAAAAUUUUGGCCCUUCCUACUUAUCCAGUGAAAACUUCAGUAAGUAGCUCUUUCAAACAUUUAAGUCAUAUAGAGUAGGUGCAUAAUGUUUUGGAUGCCCUUUUUGUUAUUUUAUUUUUUCCUUGGGAAAGUAUAAAGACUGUUUGGUCAGUGGUAAACCGGGCAAUCCACUGAGGUUGUUGUCUUGACCAUCAUCCCAUAGUAUUUGAUCUCGUACUUUGGAGACAGUAUACCAUGUGGAGACUAGGUCUUGCUUUACUCUCUUGCAUGGAUAGUAGUUGUUACAAGUUAUGGCUGCUAGUUUAUAUUCUAUUGAUCUACAACUGCGAGCAUCAAAUAUCUGGAAAUUACUACAAGGGAGUUGCCGUUGGAGAACUCAAAAAGAAUACAUUCUUCAAAAACAUAUUUGAGGAGGAAUCCUAUUUGACUUUGAUGGAGCUUAUAAAUCUCGAAGCCAUUCAUCUCAGAGGAGAUAACUGGUUAUAGACAGUAAUGCAAAUAUAUAUGUAUAAUGUAUAUGUGUAUAUAUAUGUAUAUGCUGUUGGAUCUAGAAAUGUCAGAGAAGCAUGAAAAACUGGAGGACACAGGUGACACAGCCAAAAGGAAAGGAAGUGAUGAAUUAGCAUGUUAUCUUCUGAAUAUCUGGUGGGAAGUUUGGGCAGAUUUGGACUGUUCUAUCUGUAUUACACAUUCAAGAUUUACAGUUUGAAAGAGAGUAGAGACAAAUGACCACAGAAAUCUAAAAUUCUAGUGAAACUGCUGUCCAGUGUGUUGGAGGUUGAGCAAUUACCCAAUAAGAUCAAUCAAGUACAACAUUCAGCUUGGCAUACUAAGAAAGUAGACAACCAUAUGGUAGAUUUAAAAGCUGUUUCCUUGUGAUGUAUUGUAGAUAUAUGCUGUAUGAACUGGUUUUAUGCUUGUAUCUUAUAACUUAAUAAUAAGUUUUCUAUUUUUCUGAGAUUA